GAAAUCAUAGUUACCCAAAUGGAUGAGUAUAUCCAAGCACCCAAACACAUCCGCUACAAUAUCCACAAAUUUCUCUACUACACCCCCAACAGCAAAUUCUUAAGCCUCUCUCCUCUUCUCAAAAAUGGCUAUCCUCCAAACACACACACUUUCUCACCCAGUUCCUUCAUUUCCACCCAUCUUUUCUUCAUCGAAAAUCCAUUUUCAAAACUUACUAUUCUUUUCUACCACCAAGAUCAGACCUUUCUCACUUUCAACACAACCAAGAAAGCUGCUUUGCAAACCCCCACUUGGCAAAUAUGUCAGAGAAGAUUAUCUUGUGAAAAAGAUGUCAGCUCGGGAAGUUGAGGAGCUAGUAAGGGGAGAGAGAAGUGUACCCAUAAUUAUUGAUUUCUUUGCAACUUGGUGUGGACCCUGUAUUUUGAUGGCUCAGGAACUUGAAAUGCUAGCAGUGGAGUAUGAGAAAAAUGCAAUUAUUGUCAAAGUUGAUACUGAUGAUGAGUAUGAAUUUGCGCACGAUAUGCAGGUUAGUGGGUUGCCUACUUUAUUCUUCAUCAGCCCUGAUCCUAACAAAGAGGCAAUCCGCACUGAAGGCCUCAUUCCAAUACAAAUGAUGCGGGAUAUCCUAGAUAAUCAGAUAUUGGAAGCACAAGACUGAUUAUUUGCUGCUAAAUGGAAUUAAGUUACUGAGUUUUGCUUCAAAGUGUAAAUACAUAUUUUCUUGGUGCAGACUUGAUGCAAAAUGUAGUUCAAAAAGUUGUAUAAUUUUGUACCCAACUUUGAAUGGAGUUGAACAAUUCUUUUAGUGUAGAGAUGGCAUGGCAAGGACCUUUUCUUUUUCAAAUCUUUCUAAGCUAGUAU